UGAAUUGGUUAGUAAGCAAAUUUGAUUAUAGGAGUUUUAGGAUUGGAUUAAUUUGAUUCAUAUUCAUUAUUACUUAUUUGAUUUAUCAAAUAAAGCUAAGUUGAAUAAAGUCAUGGAGCAAGUAGGGCCAUUUGGUGAUGGGGAGGGAGAAGAAAAUGAUAGAAUAAACUCUGGGGCAACUCGUCAUAUGGAAUCCCGGAUGUACCAACAUAGGCAGUUUCCAGGUAUGGUGAGACAAAAAGCGUAUAUAUUUGAUGGAGUAGGGAACUAUUAUAUUAAGGAAUGGGACCUUACAGAAGGCAUAGGCAAUGAAUUUUGUUGGUACCAUGUUGAGCUUCCAAAAGGAAACCAAAAACUUGCUCAAUCUGCACAAUACCUUAUAGAUGUUCUUUGUCCACCAUUGAAGCUUCAAGACAUUCUUUCACUUGUCAGCAAUGGACCAUUUUGUGGUCAUGUUGACGGGGCACUUGUGUUUAGAGUUAAUUCACAUGGUCCUGCCUCUAGCAAAUUCACAUUUAGAAUUGCUGCUAGAGUUACACAGAAUUCAGUGAUUACUGUGUCUUUGGGUCGUGUUCCUAGGCUGGGUUUCUCACCUAUGGGUCAUUCUCUUCUUUCGGAGAUUCCAAGUGUGGAGAGCACCUCAAAUAAUAAAGAUGAGCCAAAGGAAGGAAGUGGGAUUGUAAUAAGGGAGCAUGUCCUUGAAUUCUUGUUGACAAUGAAUCAUUCUGAAGAAGCUGAUAAUCCAGUUCCAAGAUCUGUCUCGAAUCUUGUUGUUCACAUUGUUGACACGCACAUAGAUCACCUUCAAGAUGUUGUGACUAAAACAGAGAUUGAGCUGGAUUCUGUGGAGCUUGAAUUGGAUAAAGGUCAGUCAGGUGGUUUUGCUUUAAAGAAACAAAUGCUGGAUGACAGAAGACUCCCCAAAAUGCUUCUUGAUUUGCAGCGCCUCCUGCAGGUGAUUGCACACGGGGAGCAAGUAUUUCCACGGGUCAAAGAAAAGUGUGCUUCAAAAGAUUGGUUUGCCCCUGAAGAUGUUAAUGCUCUAGAAGAGUUAGUUGGCCGGCUUAGGAGAUUAAAAGAUAAUGUGGGGUUUAUAGUAAAUCGUGUCACAGCAAUUCAGGCUGGUCUGGAUAGUUGGCAGUCUGAACAAAUAAACAAGAAGCUGUACUAUCUAUCAUUUCUUUCAAUAAUAUUCCUUCCUUUAUCCAUCAUCACCGGAGUGUUUGGGAUGAAUGUGGGAGGAGUUCCAUGGACGGGGCAGAGAGACCCAGAGCUAAAAGAUGGUUUCCGCAAUGUCAUGUUUCUGUGUCUGGCAAUGCUAUUUUUCGUUCUACUAUGCUUCAUUUGCCCUCAUCUUUACACCCGAUUCCUUGCUUGGCAGAGGAGAAGGGCUAUGAGAAGAAGUUGGUCUCUCAACAGGAAAUCAUUCCUUCGGAGAACGGUCGGAUUUCAAGAAAGAGGAGGAUACCUUAGAAUCUAAAAAUAGAAAAGAAAUGAAAUUGACCAUCUCCCUUCUCGAACAAAUUCGGUUUUUCCUGGUUCUUGACUGGCUGAUAGAGAGAAGGUAGAGGAGGUUAGCCAAAUAUUUUCUGGAGUUUGUUUCUUUAACAAACUGGAUUGUAGAUUUUUGA